AUGUGCCGAUCACUCACCCCCCCUCCUCCUCAUAGCCCUCCACAUUGGCCAGUUCCUGGUGGUUGUGCGCCAAGACAUCGAGAUGGUUGGCCACGCCCGAGAACCCUCAAGAUCUUAGCAUCCAGCCACGCGGGAAUCCUCGCCGUUUUGCCCACCUCCAGGCAACACCACAAGCGAAGCGAGGACAACACAGGGACAGACAGACCCCCCUUGAACGGUUCCAGAGACGGCUCACGUCUGACUUUUCUCUUGCCUGGCAGUAGUUUGCACCCUCGAAGCACACUCGAACCCACCAGGUGCCUGCACCCAAGCCACAGCAGGCUUGGUGGCCACCACACGGAUUACGAAGUGGCCUCGUCGCUCCCCAAACGUGCAGAUAGAGGAGCCGCUAACUUACUGCAUGCACCUAUCUCCAGAAACUCUUCCGAAGUCCUCCUCAAGACGUCAGUUCUCCGUAUCAACUAUCGCUUCAUAGAUAGCUGA